AUGGCAGUCUUAUCCUCGCCGCUUGUCUUGAUUCAGUCCAUUCCGCCUGUUACGCGUGCUUUUACCGCUGCCACCGUCCUGUCUUCUGCCCUUUAUGCCUGGCUAUGGUGGAAAGGAUUGGCCUCUGAUGCAUCCCAUUACCUAACUCUCGUACCCGGUUCCAGUCUUUUCACUCCAUGGACGUUCUUCACAUCCGCAUUUGUGGAAACAAGUAUAUUUGAGUUUAUUGCAACUCUCGUCUUCGUCCCUGCAGCGUUGAAAUAUCUCGAACGGCUGUGGGGAAGUGUGGAAAUUGCCAAAUUUAUUGUGGUCUCCAUCGUCGCUUCCAAUAUUAUUGCGUUUGGAUUCAAUUGGAUUGAGUUUAUCGCGACUGGGAACGCAGACCUCUUCUUAUAUGGCAUGCGUUAUCAUGGGCAGAUGGCUUUGCAAAUUGCUCUGUUGGUAGCUUUCACGCAAUUAAUUCCGGAGCACCAAGUUCAGGUCAUGGGCGUAAUCAAGACUCGAGUCAAGAGCCUCCCCAUGGCAUAUCUCACGUUAUCGACCGUGCUGUGCUUUGUAGGUUUCCAAUGCCCGUGGAUUAUAAUCCAAUUUGGAUGGUUCGUUGGAUGGAUCUAUCUCCGAUUUUACAAGAAAAACGCAGGGGACUCUCUUGGUGGAAGCACCUACGGUGAUCGUAGCGAAACGUUCUCCCUAAUCUCGUGGUUCCCUCCCUUCAUGCACUAUCCCUUGACACUUCUUGGGAAUUUUGUAUAUUCGCUAGCUACUCGCUUCCACCUUAUUCCUGUAGCUGGAGCUGAUGUUGAGGGUGGUAACUACAGCCAAGUUCCUGGCACUGCGAGGGCGGAGGCGGAGAGGCGACGAGCCAUGGCGUUGAAGGCGUUGGAUCAAAGGCUGGCGAAUAACUCUUCACCU